GUAAGUGAACUAUAAUUCAUUUUUCCGAACAGCACAAACGUGAAAAUAGAAAACAAAAGUUGUUUUUUUUUACAGAUGCCAAAAACUGGAACGGAAUGGCUAAAAAUCGCACAGGAAUACAAUGACACCUGGAAUUUCCCCCACUGCAUCGGCAGCAUUGAUGGGAAACACAUAAGUAUUCAAUCGCCAAAACACAGCGGAAACGUUGGCUGCCAAGGAAGAAUUUCAGACGGAGGUGUAUUUAAUAAUUCUUCUCUAUAUCGGGCCAUGGAGGAGAAGAAAUUAAAUAUCCCAGCGGCUAUUCGAUUAGAAGGAAGGGAAAUACCAAUUCCUUUCUUUUUCUUAGGAGACGAAGCCUUCCCCAUUUCGGAACACCUGAAAUGUUACUCUGGAUAUUUUACGAAAGGAUCGCAGCAGCGUAUAUUUAAUUAUCGAGUAUGUCGGGCCCGAAGGGUUGUUGAAAACGCCUUCGGCAUAUUGGCCGCAGUCUUCCGCGUAUUAAGGAAACCAAUGCUUUUAUCGCCGGAAAAAGCUUCUGUUGUUGUUUUAACAACAACAGUAUUGCACAAUUUUUUACGGCAAAGGCCAGAUUCUUCUCGACUUUAUACUCCUCCUGGAACGAUGGAUAACGAAGAUGAAGGCGUUUUGAGAGGAGGUAACUGGAGGGAACAGGGCAACGAAAUGGGAGCGCUUUUGCCCUUGCGAGGAGUUCCGCGGAGAACAACUUCCGCGUUGUUACAAGUACGAGAGGAACUGGCCCAUUAUUUUUUGGCGGAAGGAAGGGUACCUUGGCAGGAAGACUGCGCAUAG